CAGCCGACAUGCGCAGUUAGAGGGUAUUGUGGGUAACUGCUUAUCGUACAGAGGAGUGCGUUGGCGUCUCUGUUCGUCCCAUUUGUGGAGUCCGUGGCUUGGUGUGACGACCUGAGUGGUUCUGCUGGCCUUGUGGCACUGUGAGGUGACGAGUGAGGCGGGGAGGAGACAUGGAGAGGAACACAGGAACAGAUACAGAGCAGAGCAUACGUAUUCUCAAAGGUAUGAAUGUCCUGAACUGUGCUGCCUUGUUCACCCUCCUGACUCUCUCCAGCCAGCCCUGCGGAACCCCAACACUGGUAGCUACGAAUCAUCACGCUGGUCUUCGCAAGGAUAUAAGGAUGUGGGCUUGUCUCCUCACCUGCCUGUACUGUGUCGUGGCAGCCUCCAACUCAGAAGAGGAGAGAGAGAGUCACGAGUACUUGUCACUGAGUAACUGUACAAAUGGUGACUCGUCCAGUGUUGACACCUCAACGGUCCGCUUCACUGUGGCCGGUAGGAUCAACAGACCUUACUGUGACGGGUGCGGGGAGUCACAGGUGGAUGCGGGGAGGAUUGUAGGGGGACGGCCGGCCUCUGUGGGGGAGUACCCGUGGAUGGCGUACCUCGAGAUUGGCUGCGGGGGGACGUUGAUUAAGAGACAGUGGGUUCUUACAGCCGCCCACUGCUACUACGACCUGAACAAUCCCACAAAAUACAAGAUCACUCUGGGCAAGACCGACAUAAGCACCAAUCCCUCGGGCAGCCUCACUCUGAAGCCCAUUAAGGUCAUUAUUCACAACAAGUACAACCCAUUCAACUAUGAAAACGACAUCGCCCUCCUGAAGCUGCCUUACCCCGUCACCUUCACGGACACCAUCAAGCCCCUGUGUGUGGCUCAGGACAAGGACAUCCCCUUCGGCAGCACCUCGGUAGCCACAGGAUGGGGCGUGAAGAAGUUUGGCGCCAUCAAACUCCCGAAGGUGAUGCAUGAGGUGACCCUGGACGUGAUCAGUGAGAAGCGAUGCAAAUCCCUCGCCGGUGCCAACAAAAGGUACUUCAUCUGUGGCCUUACCAAGAAGAAGGACACGUGCCAGGGUGACAGCGGCGGACCCCUCAUGGUGGAGGUGGGCGCGGGGAAGUGGGCGCAGGUGGGCAUCGUGAGCCAUGGGGAGGGCUGCGCCUUGAAGAAUUCCCCCGGGGUGUACACAAGGGUGCCUGCUUACCUCUCCUGGAUCGCCUCCAAGACAAAAUCCAAGAACUGUUAGUGGAGUGACCCCGGGGUGUACACGAGGGUGCCUGCUUACCUCUCCUGGAUCACCUGCAAGACAAACUCCAAGAACUGUUAGUGGAAUGACCCUCCCAGCCUCGCCGUGGUCUAAUUCUGCCUCGUCCUGCCUUGAUCACUGCCUUAUCUUGCUUUUCUCAUCUGCCACGUUACGCCUCGUCCUGGUCCAGUUAUUCCUGCCUCGUCCUUCUUUCUGUCUCACCCUGCCUCGUCCAGCUCUUGUCCUAACGACCAUCAGCCUCGUCCUGCAUAUCUUAGCUUAUCUUGCCUUCUCUUAUCUAACCUUACUUAACCUAACAUCACCUCACCUCACCUGUGUUACUCUCGCAGUCUCAUCUUACCUUACCUUAACCAUGUCACGUAACCUCACUGAACCUUACCUCACCUUACCUCACCUAACCUUACCUAACCUCAUCUCACCAGUGCCCCCUUCCCUUCCCUCCCAUCCUCUCCCCUUCCUCUUCCUCCCACCAUAGCGCAGAAGGCAACCCGCUGAGAUAAGGAAUCGUGCAGUGAAGGGAAGUUGAUGAUGAUUAGCCAGCCACCUCCCGUUUUUCAUUUAUCUUCCCACGGUUAUGUCACUCCCUCUGUGUGUGUGUGUGUGUGUGUGUGUGUGUGUGUGUGUGUGUGGACCAAGUAAUUAUCAUAAACUUUACAUAUUUAAGCUCACUCUGGCAUCAUAAUAAUUAGGAGACACCACCACCACCACCACCACCACCACGUGUGUAUUUCAUAGCAUUACCAAAGGUCCGGAGAGAACACUACGACUUUCAGCUUUAUAUGUUAAUUUAUGCCCUCUAAAAAUAAAGAGAGA